AUGCCUGAGUUGACAUGGAAUGACAAGUUGGCAGACAAUCUUGAUGAACUAUUCGUUGGCAAAUAUGACAAAGUUGGUCAAGCUGUAGCAGAACAUCAAUCAAUUCAAAAAAUAUUAGAUACCUGGUAUGAUGAACACAAAGAAUACAAGUUUGAUCAAAAUGAAUGUGCUUCAGAAUGUGGCACUUACAAACAGAUCGUUUGGGCUGCCACAAAGGACAUCGGCUGUGGUUCUAAACUAUGUGGGAAGAAACAGACAGUUGUAUGUAACUAUGGACCAGGAGCCGAUGAAGGAAAACCUUAUGAAAAGGCAUAA